AUGGAGAAACAACUCCAGACUGAAAAGUAUUUGUGCCGACGCCUACGCAUCUUAAUGGCACAAGAAUUAAGUCUAACGGAACGUCAAAUCAAAAUCUGGUUCCAAAACCGGAGAAUGAAGUAUAAAAAGGAACAGAAACAAAGAGUGUCAUCUCCUACUCGGACAUUCGCUUCAUCCGCUGCUAGUCCAAGUACCACAUCAGGAAUCCUAUCGGUAAGACCUAAUCACCAUUUGGUUGGUCAUGAAACGCGCAUUCCACUAACCUGA